AUGAUGUCCAUCCGGCAAAGAAAAGGAAUAAAAACCACAGAAAUUUCUGAGAAUUACCCAGCAUCAGAAGAAAAUGUGAAGUUGGAAAAUAAAUUGUCAUCUGGUUGUACCACUAGAAGACUAUGGAAGAUUCUGUCGUUUACAACUGGUGGAACUAUUGCCCUUUGUAUUGGACUGCUUACAUCUAUCUACCUUGCCACUUUACAUGAAAAUGAUUUGUGGUUUUCUAACAUUAAGGAAGUAGAAAGAGAAAUCUCGUUCAGAACAGAAUGUGGACUGUAUUACUCCUACUACAAGCAAAUGCUGCAGGCUCCAACCCUCAAGCAAGGUUUACAUGGCUUAAUAUAUGAUAAUAAAACUGAAUCUAUGAGGACAAUUAACCUCCUUGAACGAAUGAAUAUUUACCAAGAAGUUUUUCUCAGUAUUUUAUAUAGAGUUCUACCCAUACAGAGAUAUUUAGAGCCAGUUUAUUUUUAUAUUUACACCUUAUUUGGGCUCCAGGCGAUCUAUGUCACAGCUCUGUAUGUAACCAGUUGGCUCCUUAGUGGGACAUGGCUAUCAGGACUAUUAGCAGCUUUCUGGUAUGUCACAAAUAGAAUAGAUACCACAAGAGUUGAGUUUACCAUUCCAUUGAGGGAGAACUGGGCUCUGCCAUUCUUUGCAAUCCAGAUAGCAGCAAUCACAUAUUUCCUCAGACCAAAUUUACAGCCUCUUUCUGAAAGGCUGACACUUCUUGCCAUUUUCUUAUCAACUUUUCUCUUUAGUCUGACUUGGCAAUUUAAUCAAUUUAUGAUGCUGAUGCAAGCAUUGGUACUGUUCAUAUUGGACUCUUUGGGCAUGCUGCCAGAAAUGAAGGUGACAUGGCUGUAUGGUAUACAGAUAACAAGUUUAUUCCUGGUCUGCAUUCUUCAGUUUUUUAAUUCCAUGAUUCUUGGGUCAUUGCUUAUAAGUUUUAAUCUUUCAGUAUUAAUUGCAAGAAAACUUCAGAAAAAUCUGAAAACUGGAAGCUUCUUUAAUAGACUUGGGAAACUUCUGUUACAUUUACUCAUGGUUUUAUGUUUGACACUUUUUCUCAACAACAUUAUUAAGAAAAAUCUUAACCUCCAGUCAGAUGAACACAUAUUUAAAUUUCUGAAGGCAAAAUUUGGUUUUGGAGCAACAAGAGAUUUUGAUGCAAAUCUUUAUCUGUGUGAAGAAGCUUUUGGUCUCCUGCCUUUUAAUACCUUUGAAAGGCUUUCAGAUACUCUGCUUUUUUAUGCUUACAUAUUUGUUCUGUCCGUCACCGUGACUGCAGCUGUAGCUGUUGCUUUUCAUAAUCUCAGUGAUUCAUCAAAUCAAGAAUCCGUGGAUAAAAUGGGAAAAUGCACAAUUGAACUGAAACCAGAAACUGCCUACAACUUAAUGCACACUAUUCUGUUUGGAUUCUUGGCAUUGAGUACUUACAGAAUGAAAUACCUCUGGACAUCACACAUGUGCGUGUUUGCCUCAUUUGGCUUGUGCAGCCCUGAAAUAUGGGAGUUACUUCUGAAACUGGUCCAUCUCUAUAACCCAAAGAGGAUAUGUGUAAUGCGAUAUUCAGUACCGAUGUUAAUACUGCUGUAUCUCUGCUAUAAGUUCUGGCCAGGAAUGAUGGAUGAACUCUCCGAGUUGAGAGAAUUCUAUGAUCCAGAUACAGUGGAGCUGAUGAACUGGAUUAACUCUAACACCCCAAGAAAGGCUGUGUUUGCUGGAAGCAUGCAGUUGCUGGCCGGAGUCAAGUUGUGCACAGGAAGGGUCUUAACCAACCACCCUCACUACGAAGACAAAAGCUUGAGAGAGCGGACGAAAGCAGUUUAUCAGAUAUAUGCAAAGAGGUCACCAGAGGAAGUGUAUGCCCUCCUAAGGUCCUUUGGCACUGACUAUGUCAUCCUGGAAGACAGCAUCUGCUAUGAACGAAGGCAUAGCCGGGGCUGCCGCCUGCGGGACUUGCUGGACAUCGCCAACGGACAUAUGAUGGAUGGCCCAGGGGAGAAUGAACCUGGUCUGAAACCUGCAAGCCACCCUCGCUUCUGUGAAGAGAUCAAAAGAAACCUGCCUCCUUACGUGGCACAUUUCACUAGAGUGUUUCAGAACAAGACAUUCCAUGUUUACAAGCUAAGUAGAAACAAGUAA